AGGAGCUUGGGGAGCUCAAAAUCUAACACCUUUGUACGAGGAGGACAACAUGGGACUUGCUGAAAGUUUUUACCUUCUGCUCCUGGUGCAUUGUGGCAGAGUCGCCACUUUCCCGCUGACGGAGCGGCCGGCUGCACCCGGCCCGAGCUGCGCAACGUGCGACUCCCUGGCGCUGCAGAUCCAGAGCUCAGCGGCCGAACUCCGCGAUGCUCAGCUGUGUGACUAUUUCUCCUUCUGUGACGGGGACCAGGGAUCGCUGCUCACCUCCGACCUCAACCUGCCGCAAAUCCGAUCUCAGGACAGAUGCACAAAGAUCAGUUUCCAUAAGGAAACGUGCCUCAAAGCGAUUGCAAAAGGUCUCCAUAAGUACAACCCUCUCUUGUUGUUGGUGCAAACAUCCAUCGUGCGUUCAAGUGAACAAAUAAUAUGGAUGCGGUCCAGUACCCAACGCCUAGCGGAACUGAUCAUGCAUCAGUUAAAUGCCGAGUUUGGCAUCAUUAGCGUGAGCGAGAGCGAGGUGGAAUCGUCUGCCUUGGACUUCGUGUCAAAAACAGACUGGAACAGACAAGUGAAUGCGCAUGUCAUCCUCCGAGACUUUGUCCGGUUCAUGGAGAAAUCAGCCCGAGCACUUCGCUUCAUGAGUCUGUGAAAAUGGGCUCACCUCUAGAAUUGGCAGAACCACUUUUUAUAUAUACCACGAUUGGUUUAUUUAUUUAUUUAUUUCCCAGCCCCAGCGCAGUGAUUAUCAACUAGGUGGAGUGACAGAAGCAAAAAACCGGUAACAUUACGGAAUGAAUUGGACAGGCAAGCCCAACCUCUCGCCAUCAUUUCUGCUCCACACCAGGAUUUUUUAAAUGUCCUUUUAGUAUAUGGAAUGCACGUUUUAUUCGCGACUGCUAAAAAAAAAGCUUGCUCCUACUGGCACACAUAUGCCACACAUUGAGUGGUCAGAGCAAAGUGAGCUUGGGAGUUUGCAAUUGUUUUUCAGUUCCAUUAACCGUGCAACUUGUAAAAUAUGGUUAAACAGAGGUAGUAACCGCCUUAAAGUAUGAACGUUGUAGUUCAGCAUUUGGUCGUAGUUGUGAAAAUUACAAAGGUUAUUCUGUAAAAGAAGUGAUAUCGUAAACUUAAGAAGUUGCAUGUUAGCAAUUGUUUACAAAAUGUUAUUUACACUGUUUAAUUUUAUUUAUAUUUAUUUUGACUAAUUCAACUUUUAGAAAUAUUUAAAAACUUGCAUUUAUUUAUUGAUAUUUAUA